AUGUUUUCAUCGUCUCUCGGGACGGCCCUCGUUGGGGCAGUCCUUGCUACAAAUGUAGCAGCAUAUCCACCAGCUUAUGCACCUGAAAAGUAUUCUGAUCGCAUAGAUGUCGUCCAUACCGGUAUUUCUGCUGAUGUACACUCUGGUGUGUCUGCAAGACACACAUCCUACAAGCAGCUUUGCAGUCAUGACAUUGGCUGCUCGAGACAGAAUGAGGUCUUAUUAGAUACUGGUGUCAGUGCUGCAUUGGAUGUAUUUGGUAUUCUUGACCUCGGUCUUGGUGCAGAUAUCGGUAUCAGCUUUGGAAGUGCAUCGGGAUGUCAGAUUAAGUGUGUUGAUUGUCGAACAUGGGGUACAGCCGUCGUCACCAACACCGUGGCCGAAAUUUCCAGCAGCAUUGUCGAAGAGGUGCUCGAGUUCUUGGAACAUCCUUACGAAACCAUUGUUGAAGCCGCAAGCUUGGAAUGUUUGAUUUCUUUGGAGGAUGUUGGAGGACACAUCGAACUCAAUGUCUUCGCCGCUGAAUCCGCCACUUACACUCUCAAUAUUUUCGAAGCUGGUCUUAUCGCUGAUGUUUCUAUUCUCGAUACUGUCUCGGUUGGCCUGAAUGUUUUCCUUGAUUUGGUUAUCUCCGUUGAUUCUCAAGUUGAUCUCUCUGCUGGUUUCGAAUUCUCGUUUCCAGAAGGUGCUUCCCUUACUGUUGAUCUCUUGGCCGGUGCUAUCAAGGACUAUAACUUCGACGGAGCUGUCAUGAAUGACCUUCCUAUCGUUGUUCUUGCUGGUGAAGCCACAUUACAAGCUUCUAUUCGCUGCAGAGUUGAGGCUGGUACUACCGUCUCUCUCUUGGGUAUCGGAUAUGGCUUUGAACUUGGUGUCUAUGCCGAUUUGCUUCAAUAUGUCACUGAAAUUGGUAGCACCGAUGAUUGUCCACUUUCCAUCUCGGGUGCAGUCGAUGUUAACAUUGGUGCAUAUGCCGCUUCCGUUGCAAACAUCGACUUUGCUGCAUUCGAGAUUGCACCAACUGCCGCUAUUACUGUGAAUGCUGGUGCCCUAGCUGCUAUUUGCACCACUAGACCAACUUCCACCAGAGCUUUAGGUGCCAUUUCUACUGGAUCUGCUUCCAGUGGCUCUGAUUCCACUGGCUCUGCUUCCAGUGGUUCGGCUUCCAGUGGCUCGGGUUCCAUCGGUCUUGGUGGUUCGAUCUCUAUCGGUCUCGGAGGAUCUGGCUCUGAUUCCGAUUCGUCAGCCUCUAACUCUGAUUCCGCCCCAUCUGGAACUGGACAUUUCUCGAAUGGCACUGUCCUAACUGCUUCCCGACCAUCCGGUGCUUCCGCCACUGGAUCAUUAAUCGGUACCAUUACUAGUGCAGCAUCUAUGACCACAUCUACAGCUUAUGCUACCCAAGUUACUACCAUCACUAGCUGUGCUUCAAAUGUUAUCCAUUGUCCAGCAUCUCUUGCAAGUACCACCGUUGUUACUCAAACCGUUGUCGAUUAUACUACUGUUUGCCCAAUUACUGAGGCUGGCAACACCGCGUCAGGAGCAAUUCCAUCAAGCUUGCCAUCACUUACUACCACGGCUAACACCAAUGUUGCCCCGUCAUCUAUUCCUGGCACAAUCAGUCUUACCUCGGUUGAAUCAGCAACUCCAUCUACUUUCGAUGUCCCAAGCACAACUCCUAUCGCUGUCGUUCCCGUCGGUACUGGAGCUACAAGCACUAACUUGGCAUCCAUCACCUCCGCUUUGUCCAGUGAACUCUCGGGCUCCUCUCCUUCAUCGAGUGUGAUUGGUUUCGGAAGUGACACUGCUUCAGCUCCUACCCCAAGCAGUACCGGAGAACUUAGCGGCGAGACCACCUCCCCAAUUGGUUCGUCUCCAAGCGCAUCUGGCUCUGGAAACUCUGGAAGCGGUUCAUACCCAAGUGGUUCUCCAUCUGGAAGUGGUGCCUCUCCAUCAGGAAAUGCUGCAAGUGGUUCAUCCCCAAGUGCCUCAGGCUCAAACGGUUCUUCCCCAUCAAGCUCUAUCGCAACUGGCUCGUCCCCAAGUGCAUCAGGCUCUGGAAAUUCUGGAAGCGGCUCAUACCCAAGUGGUUCUCCAUCUGGAAGUGGUGCCUCUCCAUCAGGAAAUGCUGCAAGUGGUUCAUCCCCAAGUGCAUCAGGCUCUGGAAAUUCUGGAAGCGGCUCUUCCCCAAGUGGUUCUCCAUCUGGCAGUGCCGUUGCAUCUGUUCCAUGUGUUUCAUCAGGCGCUCUUCUCUCUGGUCAAACUGCUUGCCCAAUUUCUAGCUCUACUCCAGCUCAAAUCAGCUCUGGUGAACUCAGUGGACUCUCCACUACCCCAGCUGGAUCUUCUCCAUCAUCUGUCGCUUCCGGCUCAUCCCCAAGUGCAUCUAACGGAGUUUAUCCAUCUGGAUCUUCGCCCAAUGCUUCGGGCUCAAACGGCUCUUCCCCAAGUGCCUCAGGAUCAGAAAAUGGUUCAUCUCCAUCUGGCAGUGCCGUUGCAUCUGUUCCAUGUGUUUCAUCAGGCGCUCUUCUCUCUGGUCAAACUGCUUGCCCAGUUUCUAGCUCUACUCCAGCUCAAAUCAGCUCUGGUGAACUCAGUGGACUCUCCACUACCCCAGCUGGAUCUUCUCCAUCAUCUGUCGCUUCCGGUUCAUCCCCAAGUGCAUCUAACGGAGCUUAUCCAUCUGUCGCUUCCGGUUCAUCCCCAAGUGCAUCCAACGGAGCUUAUCCAUCUGUCGCUUCCGGUUCAUCCCCAAGUGCCUCUAACGGGGUUUAUCCAUCUGUAGCUUCCGGUUCAUCCCCAAGUGCCUCUAACGGAGUUUAUCCAUCUGGAUCUUCGCCCAAUGCUUCGGGCUCAAACCAACCUUCUGCUAGUGGUUCAUUGCCAGCCGUUUCUUCCAAUGGUUCUUCUCCAUCUGAAUCUGUCAACGUCUCAAGCCCAUCUGGUACUUCCGAUUCUAGUGGCGCUAGUGUUACUGGAGGUUCUUCUCCAUCUGCCUCCUCAUCCGAAACUGUUUACACAACCGUUAUCGUCGAUUCAUACACUACUGUUUGCCCUGUUACCAUGACACAAACUAGUGAAGGUGUAACAAGUGUUUUGACCACUUCUACCAUUUCAACUGUCUACAGCUCUUCCACCAUGACUGCCACCAAGACUGUUAUCGUGAAGCCAUCUGGUUCAUCCCCAUCUGAAUCCGCUCAAGUCACUGGCCCAGCUGUUUCUUCACCAGGAUUUUCGUCCGAGACUGUUUACACUACCGUUAUCGUUGAUUCAUACACCACAAUCUGCCCAGUUACUUUGACUCAAACUACUGGAGGAACCACUAGCGUUUUGACUACUUCUAGCACCUCCACAGUCUACAGCUCGUCAACCGCUACUGGUACACGUACUAUCACGGUUGCACCUUCCGCAACUUCCGAUUCCGAGGGUGCUAGUGUCAUUCCAUCUGGAUCCGCUCAAGUCACUGGCCCAGCUGUCUCUUCUCCAGUUCAAUCUUCCGAAACUGUCUACACAACCGUCAUUGUUGACUCUUACACUACAGUUUGCCCAGUUACCUUGACUCAAACUACUGGAGGAUCCACUAGCGUUUUGACUACUUCUAGCAUCUCCACUGUUUACAGUACCUCCACUCUUGUUGGUACUAGCACUGUUGUCGCGACCCCAGUAGCUUCCGCCCCAGUUGUCUCUUCUCCAGCCCAAUCUUCCGAAACUGUCUACACAACUGUCGUCGUUGACUCUUACACUACAGUUUGCCCAGUAACUCUCACCCACACCAGUCAAGGUACAACCAGCUUUGAGACCACCACCAGCUUGUCCACUGUUUACAGCACCUCCACUCUUGUUGGUACUAGCACUGUUGUCGUGACCCCAGUAGCCUCCGCUCCAGUAGCCUCCGUCCCAGCUGCUUCCCAAGGUGUUUCUACCGAACAAAUCUACAGCACAGUCUCCGUCCAAUCAUACGUCACUGUCUACCCAGUCACUUUGACCCAGACCAACGGAGGAGUCACCAGUCUUGAGACAUCAACAAGCUUUGCGACAAUUUUCCAGUCUUCCACCAUCUAUGCCACUAGAACAGUUGCCGUUCAAACACAAGGAACUUCUUCCCCAAGCGGUUCUGUCGUCAUUCCACAAGGCAGCGCACAAGCAUCCGGACCAGCUCCAUCAUCUACUUUUGACAAUUCUGGUGUCACUGCUCCAUCUCCAGCUGCCUCUGUGAUUUCCAGCAACGGUGUCCCUGUCGCUUCUACUCCAGCUUCUACACAAACUGGAUCUAACUCUGGAAACUCUGGAAGUGAAUCCCCAUCUGUUGUUGCAAGUUUGAGUGCCACAACCGGUAGCCCAUCUUCCGCUAUCAACACUGACAGUGGAGAUAUGGUUUACAGCACUGUAACAGUCGUUCCCGUUGCUAGUCAAGCAGUCAGCUCAGCUCAAGGUUUGACCACAUCUGCACCAGUAGCUGGUUCUUCUCAACCAUUGACCUCUGCCAUUGGUGUAUCUGGAAGUGCAGGUUCUGAAGAAUGUGCUCAACCAUCUGUUAUCACCAUUUCUGCUUCUCCUUCUAUUCUCACUGUUACUCAAUCUGCAUCCGUCAUUACCAUCAUUCAAACUGCCGGUGCUAGCUCUCCAUCUGGUGUUGCUUAUCCAGGGUCUCCUGAGAACUCUACCGUCUCUGGUCUCCCAGGUAAGGCUGUUUCAGUCUCAUCCGCUGAGGGUAUCACCAUCGCUUCAUCGACUAUGAUUGUUCCAGGUUCAGGUGCUUCAUCCACUAUCGUUGUACCAGGAGCUAUUCUCCCCACUGGAUCUGAAGUCUACCCAGUUGGUUCAUCCACUGUUGUUGUACCAGGAGUUGUUGCCCCUACUGGAUCUGGAUCUGAAGUCUACCCAGUUGGUUCAUCCACUGUUGUUGUACCAGGAGUCGCUGCCCCUACUGGAUCUCCAGUCUACCCAGUUGGCUCAUCUAACAACGGUACCUCUGGACAUUAUGCUAGUGGAACAGGCAUCAACAAACCCACUCAACCAACCUCUUCUGUCACUGUCACUGGCAUCACUGCCGCCAGUGGAUCAGCAACCGCAUCCCCAAGCAUGAUUGUCACUGGUUCUGCUAGCCGUUCUAGCAUCUCCAUGGGAUUGAUUGCUGUCAUCAUGGGCGCCGUUGCUCUCUUGUAA